CUAGUGUCUCAUUUCAAAAGUAAAGACUUCAGUGAUAACAGUCGAUCAGGAAAUAGCAUAUUGUGAAGGGAAUCUGAAUAAAGCUGUAUCACAUAGUAAUCUAAUCUAGAGAUGGACUAUCUUGCCUGCCUUAUUGUUGUUCUCCAGUUAUAUGAAACCAUGGGGGAAGGAAGAUUUGUGGAUGCAACUGUAAAACUCACCAGUAAUAUGAAUCUGGAAUGCAUCUAUCCAAAGACAGCUGGUAUAACCCAGGUGUCCUGGGUUAAGAGUAUUGCAGCUGGCAAAGAAACUAUUGCUAUCUCCCACCCAUUGUACGGUGUGCAUAUUGAAGACAAAUAUAAAGGCAGAGUUUGCUUUGUAAAUGCUUUCUCAAGAGACAAGUCCCUAAAUUUCAUCAAGACAACUGAAGCAGACGUGGGCUUGUAUUUAUGCUCCAUAACUUUCUUAGACGGAGUUUGGGAAAAGGUGAUACAGGUUAUCCAAUCAGAUUCUUUUGAGGUACCUGUGCUGCCAAUCAACCACAUGAUUACUGAAUCAGGGGGAAAUGUGACGCUUAGAUGUCCUUACAGUGUUGGAAGUUUGGUGCAGCAAUUGAUGUGGGAAAGGAUUAAAGUGGAUCGGGUGGAUACCAUAGGCCUGUGUAACCUGUCAGAAGGGAAAAUCUAUGGUUCAGAUUACCAGGAGCGUAUAAUGAUAGAUUGUGCUACUCAGGAGAGCGACAUUCUUGUCAUUCAAAAUGUUACAGCUUCUGACUCUGGAAUUUACCGCUGUCGUUAUGGUGGAAACAAAACCCAUGUGUUGAACUUGACUGUCACUAGCGCAACUUUGGAUCAUCACUGGCAUAUUUUGCUCAUUGCUGGAGGGGCUGUUGCCUCAUUAUUAUUAUUGGUCACCAUACUGAUCAUCAGCAUCACUCUUGUUUAUCGUAGAAAAAAGAAAAGGAGAAGGAUUAUGAAGGCCCUGUCGAAAGCCAUGUACUCUGCUCAGACCCAGCCCAGUAACAGUUAUGGAAGAUCCAACUUUCAUGGCACACCAAACAGCAGAAGAGGAGUAGAAUCAGUAUCUGGACAGAUGGAUGAGAUUUAUAUCAACUACAGAGACUACUCACGCAAACCUAAGACGAGACCAUGAGUUUCUUUUGCAUGUCUGAAUAAAGUAACCAAUGUAGAAGUAUAGGCUUUGGAUCGUAGGCUUGAUUCUCUGUACCAGACUGACCUUUUGUUUUUUUAGUCUCCAUCAGCAAAGUGACAUUGAUUUAUCAGUGCAGAAAGAGAUUUGUUUGUCUAUAAUUUACACUUUCCGAGACUUUAGUUACAUUUUAAGAAAUCAUUUUGGCAGGGAGGGAGGGAAUAAAUUAAGGGGCCAACUUCAGAGCUGCUGCACCUCCCAUGGCCUGUCUACACCAGGUCUGAAUUUGAUCUUGGAAGUUUAUAUGAACGAGUGAAGCAGAGGGAAAAUGUGUUCUUUUCUGUCUAGAUCCAGGUAUUUAACAUCUGCAGUGGCACUCACAUUGUGUGUUUUAUAGAGUGGUAGCAGAAUGAAACUGUUUUUGCCCACUGGUAACAUAGUACUUGUAUUUGAUCUUGUCUCUUCACAUACAUCUGGUUUCCUCCUGCCCAGAAUAAGAAGGGUUCAUAGGAACUCACCAUCCCUUCCUCUCCAUGGCCACACAAGAUGUUCAAGCAGUUACUCAGGUCCUUAUGGUUGAGGAAAGGAUAGAAAUCUGGCCCUCAGGCCUGGUCUACACUGGAGUGGGGAUCGAUCUAAGUUACGCAACUUCAGCUACGUGAAUAAUAUAGCUAAAGUCCAUGUAUUUAGAUCUACUUAUUGCAGUGUCUUCACUGCGGUAAGUCGACAGCUGACUUUCUCCCAUUGACUCCACCUGUGCCUCUCGCCCUGGUGGAGUACUGGAGUCGAGGGGAGAGCUCUCUAUUUAUCGCAUCUAGACUAGAUGUGAUAAAUCAACCCCUGCUGAAUUGAUCACUGCCCAUUGAUCCAGCUGGUAAUGUCGACAAGCCCACAGGUGAAAACAAAACACAAAGACUCAGUCACUGGCAAGUUAUAUUUAAUAAUAAUUUAUUAUAAGGGUUGGUUGCACAAAAAAUAAAUGAGAACAAGGAGGAUACAGGAAUAAAUGAGGCAAAACAGAAGAAAAAAGCAUGAUUAAGAACACUUACAAAAUGGUAUGUAUACAUACACAUACAUAUAUGUGUAUAUAUUCUGCAGGAACCUGCAGAAGAAAAUGCACAAAAAUAGAAAGAAACAAAACCAGAAGGCAGACCUGAGAAUUAUGGUCUACGCAUCUUGUUGGCCCUUUACACAAGUGAAAUGUCUCUAGGCGUGCGCAGGACAGUCACUUUAACAUGAGGGAGGAAUCAAGGUGAGUGAGUGCUAUCAUGAAGACUAAUAGUCACAUAUGGCUGCAUACUAUAGUGCCUCAACAUACUGUAUACUGUAUGUCAGGCUGAUUAAUCACAUCUGCUUGGCCUGGUGCUCCCUUUCUCUUUAAACAUUAGUGAAAGUGGCACUGAAAUUGAAUAUUUCUGGAAAGGGGAAAAAAGUUAACGUCAUUCUUCCUAAGCAUUAGUUACCAGUUCCAUUGAAUUUGGCAGGGAAAGAGCAUUGACAGCAGCCUGAAAGCUAAAAGCACAUUAUAGUUAACCUCUUCUGACAGAAGGCUGUUUUCAUGUGAAUAAGAAAACAGUGGUCUAGAUUCUUCUGGUCAUCAUGUGGACAUGGGUGUCCUAAGCUACUGGAGAGGAUCACAGCAUUGUGCAGCUAACCUACACUUCAGCUAAAUUGAAGUGUUGUAAGACUAAAAAUUCAUUCAAACCUAGCAUUUAAGAGUUUCAUUGUUUACAAUGGCAAACACAUUUUUUUUAUCUGUGUACUCCUCAGCAAAUACCUAAACACAUUAUAAAGGGUACUUUUAUUUUUUUUCCACCGACUGAAGGAUGGUAAGCAGAUGAACAAUGAAAUUGCAUCAUACCGAUGAGGAUACAAGGAAAUGUACUAUUAAUAAGUUGGGGUUUUUUUACCUGAGUUAUCACGUCAUACCAGAUCAUUGCAAAUUGUGCACAGUAUUACAAGUAGAGCCCUGUAUCAGCAGGCCUUUUCUUUAACCUAGAUCUGGUGAUCCCAUUUAUAUUCAAAUGCAAAGUUAUUAAUAUAAUUCAUUCCAGUAGAUUUGUUUUCCAGUCAGAGCGCUGGAUGCCUCAAGAUAUAAUAAGCACAAAGUUGGUAGUGCCCUCCUGCUUUUAUAGAAGCGGAGUUUUCACUCGUAGUGCAUUCAUACUAGUUUACAUAGACUAAAAAGAUGGAGAUUUUUUUUUUAACUUGAAUAGCUAUAGGAUCAUCUUAUUUUCGUUUGUUUCUGGUAAGUGUCCUUGAUGUUUCCUUGACAUGGUAUCUGAGGCCAUUAUAACAUUUCUGUGUACAAUUUUUUUUUCAAAAUAAUUGAACAUUUUCCAGAUUUUAGGGGGGAAAAUCUAUACUGCAUAUCUUGGCAUUUUGUUUAAUCUAUUUUAAUUCAAAUUCCAUAGAUGUUUUGCUUCUACAAAGACAGUAUACAGGGAAAAUUGUGUCACCACAUCACACAUAGCAUAAUAAAAGUAAUAUAUUAAUCUUUUCCAAUAAACAGACCAAGCAACAGCUUAAUUUUGUACCAUUAUCAUAAAGCUAUAUCAGUGAACAGCAGCUGAACCCCAGAUGAAACCAUUAAAAAAACAACCUUCUCAAUGUCCCAAACUGGCAGCAAAAUCAAUAAGUUACUAAAAUCUCUUAAGACUAAAAAGCCUGGCUUGCACAUGUUGUCAUUAAUAUGUCAAUGUUGCCAACAGUUUGUUUUCUAAAUAGAGGGAAAAACUUAGCUACCACUGUGGAGUAACUGUUGGCCAGUGCUGAUUUUUUUAAUGGAAAUCACUGUAGGUGAAGCAUCUAAGCACAGCAGUUGGGGAGUAGGAUUUAAUACCUCUUAAAAUGUAUGAGUGUGGCUUGAGGGACUGUCUAUGGCAAAAUUUGCAUCGUUUUAAAUUAGUGUUCUAGUUACCCACUCUGAAGUCAGACAGCUCAUAGGGCAUAUUUAUGACUUAGAUGAUCAAGCUCUGAAUUUCACAUAAGAGGACCAAAUUACAUCCUUAGCCAAUGUAAGAAAUGCAAUUCCUUUUACAGGUGCUUAUUUCCUCUAGGGCAAAAGUAUGCAACUAAACUUUGCAAUCACUUUUGAACAGAAAAAUAGCAAUGAUAAACCGUGAAAAUAAUGAUUGAAAUAAGUGUGAUUUUUCUCUACAGCUUAGAACCGUUUAAAAAAAAUCAAUGUCCCACAAAGAUAAGAAUAAGCCCUGAACAGCAGCCAGAUUAUGGGAUUUACUGAAGGCUGUUACAGCAUUACUUAUUUAAAAAUAACCAAACAAACCCAGGCUCCAGAAACAUUACUUAAAUAAAUGAAGCUUACAGGAUAAAGCAUAUUUUCAUUAAACAAAAGAGAUAUUUAAUUUGUUAAUCUUUAAUUAAGGGACCUCUUAGCAGAAAACUGGAAUUAUACUGAUGAAAAGGAAAAGAUGGCUUUUCUUCAGUGACACAUUAAAUGUGCUAUGGCUAGUUGUAUGCAAGGAAAGACACAUUUAUAUGCUUGGUUUAUGUUUCAAGGAGAAGUCCUGUAAUUGAUGGCAUUAUGAAACCUUUUAAAUUUAAAUACAUGUCUCUUGAAGAACCGAGUCCUCCAGAGUAAAAUAGUAUCUGAAAUUGGCCUAUUCUGGUAGCACUUCACUCUGCAGAGACAGCCAUCUUCCUGGUUCAUGAAAAACUCCCACUUUAAUGUGCUUUGGGCAGAUAGUAUAGCAGGGAGUUGAGAUGCUAUAUUGAAAUAUUUCCUUUAACUUUCUUUAUUCUUAAAAAAAUGCUGAUGUGUUUUAAAGACAAUAAAUAAUCUGCAUCCUG